AUGCGCAAGGCCUGCGAGCCCUUAGACAACUUGAGCGGUGGCCAAGCUUUUGCCGAGCCUUCACAAGUGCUCGAGCUGGUCGACACCUGCCCUGAACAACUUGUCGAAACGCCAUCAUCGAGUUCGUCCUGGAUCGUGCAUGCGGGACUGACGGAGGAUGAUUUGCUGGCGGUGCAACUGGCAUCUCCAGCGCAGCUGAAGCAUAUCCUGCUGCUGGCGCUGCCAGCGUCGCUGCCGGUGAAGCGUCUGCUGGCCGCAGAUUGCCUCAGCCGUGCGGUGCCAUCUUUCGACACCCCCCAUCGGGUGUCCACAGAGAUCACCAAGCCUCGGCGAUUCGCGAGGCUGGGAUUCGCACCGCACCCGCACAACUCACAGGACAGGCUGCGCGGCAUCCUGCGGUUCGAUCCGCCUGGUUCCUGA